AUGACGGAAAGCCUCAAUAAGUUGGGAAUUCACGACAGCUAUCUACAUUCAGUAGUUGAGGCCAACCCUCCAGGUACUGUUGUAAGGGUCAUACAAAAUUGCGGUAUGUCGAAAAAGCCUGACAGGCUCGAAAUCUCAACGAAAUUGGAGGAGCAAGAAGUGGCCAUCGCAGCAAGUAUGCGGAGUCUCGAGGUUAAGGAGAGCGAAAUAAACUUACGUGUAUCAAAGAAGUUGCAAGAAGAAAGGGAACUCAAAAAGCGGCUGCAGUUUCUUACUGGUAAAGUCGCGGAUAUGCAGCAGAAACUGGACCAGUCUUGCUGGGAUGCAACUGAGCCAGAAAGAGGCAUUCGAGAUGCUGAGGAGGACUUGUUUUCGCUGGAAGACUAG